UCAGAGGGGAAGUAGGGAGUGGAAGGGGUGGGAGAGAGCAGGGAGAUAUACCCCUCCUCCCGUGAGUUUACUAGGCCACUCUGCCUGUUUAUGGGCAGCCCCACUUUUCUCUCAGCAGACCACCAAGCAGUAGUGACCAGAAGAACACAGCACAAUGUCUGACAGCAGUGGAAGUGGAACUUCUCAGGAGCUUUGUGGUCAUCAUGAGACAUGGGAUGAUAUUGUGGACAAUCAAGCUAAACAGAUUAAAAAACUGGAGAAAGAUGUGCGUGUUGCCAAUGAGAGACUUGAACAUGCAUUGUGGCAUUGCCAUGUCUAUCGUCACUCUUUGAGCAAGUUACCUGGUGGAUAUGAGCAGCACAAGAAAUCAUUGGCAGAACACGAGGAGGAACUGGAAGUUGAGCCUCUGUGCUCACAAUGUGAACGGGAUGGUCUACUCAAGAAAAUUGCUGAUCUUGAAGAGCGUUUGAGAUCUGCAACUGGAAAAUAAUGUUUAAUAAAACCAAUCUUUAUGGCAGCUCAACAUGCAUUCUUAUUUAUUUUUCAGUCCUCUGCUUGACAUUGUAUAAAGCCUUGACUUCUGUAUUAAAGUUCUCUGCAGUUGUGGUAGUCCUGUGUGAUCAAUUCUUUGCGGUGGUUGUGUCUCAUUUUCACAAUAAAGUUCUCGUAAGUUGUCCUAGUCUUGAGUAAACUUAAAUUCUUGCAAUGCAGUUGUGUCAUUUUUACAGUAAGUUCUCGCAAAUUGUCCUAGUCUUGAGUUUUAAUAAAAUAAAGGUAAAGCCUUGACUUCUGUCUGAAAGUUCUCAUAGGUUGUUCUAGUCCUUGUGAAUACUUUAAUUCUUGCUAUGUGGUUGUUUCUUAUUUUUGUAAUAAAAGAAUUAAAUCUGACUGAUUUUUAUUUAGCUCAUUACCUCUUCUGGCCCACCCUACAAUUUCCUUUUACUCAGUUCAUAAUGUGACUGUUCUUUGAACAAAUCAAGAUGGUUACAUACUCAUCUUUCCACCUAUUCAAGAAGUUUCUAGCAACCUACACCCUUGAAGGAAUGUUUCCAAUCUUUAUUCAAACAGUA